GUGGAUGUCUUGUUGCUUCCAAUUGCUUGUAUUCUCUCUUUUCUGAAAGGGAGCUGUGCUGCUAAGCAACUAUGAAUACUGACUUGAACUGACAGUUUGUGGCCACUCCUACCUUCGCUCUGAAAAGGAUAAGGUAUCCACUCAGUCGUUGACUGUGGUAAACUUAGCACUUGGGCACUAUGCAGUAAAUGCUGUAGGAUUGAACCUUGAACUUUUUUGCAAGGAAAACAAAAUGACUGAUCUCUGGGAAAAAAAUGGGCUGACAAGACAAAGAGGUUAAUGAAGAGAUAAAAAUGGAUUAAAUAUUUAAUUCUGCUGAAGAAAGCUGAAUGGAUAUUUGCUAUUAGAAUAUUUUCCUACAUUGCAAAUACAUAUGUUGCAUUAAUGGCAACAUUAUUUGAUGGAGACAGAAUAUUUUGCAUGAACAAUUUAAAAUUAUUUACUUAACCUCUGGACCUCCUAAUAAUUUUAUCAGUUGUAGUAACUGAGCUUUUGCAUUUCUGGUGCAUGUUUAAGCCAUACACCACAAAUAAAAUGAGUGUGUGCAAGAUCAAGCAAAAGCCAUACAAGAGGGUGUCAAUAGAAAGGGAGGAGGAAGAAGAUACUUGUAUUCAGAUGCCCUUAGUCAUUGGAGAUAAAAAUGGAAAUGAAAUCUCACAUAACAGCAAAUCGCUCAGCUCACAACAUAACACUGGAAAUGUUUACCAUGACAAUAUUAUUAAAAAUGAAAUUGAAAAACAUGACAGCAACAUCAAGAUUAAAUCUGCUGGAUCCUUUUCUGUAGAUCAGUACAAAGAAGCUGGAUCAGUUUAUAGAGAAGAAAAAACUUCCAUGGAUGAAUAUAAUAAAAAUUUUAGUGUUGAUCAUUGCAUUCAAGAAUAUGAAAAUGGAAACAAUAAUUGCAGUGUAGAUGUGAGUCCUAAUAAUGAAGGCAUGGAUUGGGACAUUUCUUGUGAUGCUAAUAAGUCCAUAGUCUGUGAAUUUCCCCAGCAGUCCUUAGAGAACUUAUUUAUAGAGAAGAUGUCACCUGUCUCAGAUUCGGUAAGUUCCAAUGAAGAAAUGAGGAAAAAUAGUUUCAUUAGUGGAUCAGAGUUGCAGCAUGGUUUGACAGAGUCUUGCACAGUUGACAGCACCUCCAGCAUUCAUUCUGAAAGAGGUCAGCUGUCCAACACGAUGCCAGAUGUUUGCAGCAUCAGCAUUAAUAAAAUAUUGCCUGGAUUAAUGAAUGAUAUAAAUGCUGAAGUGCAGAAUUUGAAAGAUGAAGGCUCAAUGCAUUCAGGUUGUUUUUUAGAAGAUGCUAUAGAUAUUCCUGAACAUGUGGACUGCAGCCCAAGAGGAAUAUUAUCAAAUGCAGCAUCUGUUUGCAAAAGGCAUGUUCAAGCCUCAUUGAAUUGCUCCAGAAAAAAUACAGUUGCUAACUCGCUGUGCAAUCUAGAUGAUAAAUUUAAAAUCCUUCCAACCAAGGGUUCAAUGAAUGGAAAUCAUUCUGUAACUGCACCUCAGGCAAAUUUAAAUGGCUGUUUACCAUUGGAGGUUAUUUCACCAAUUGAAGGAGAGGGAGUUAUGCCAAUGGAGGGAACAUUUUCAAUUUCUAGUCCUGAAGACAUCUGCAGUGAAUUUGCUCAGGCAUCUACACCUGUGGCCAGUUCAAAAAAUGCAACUUUCAUUGUUCCAGUCUAUGAGGACAUUGUGAAACAAAAUACAGAGGAUGUCAGAAAUUAUCUUUCUGCAGAAAUCAAUAGCGUAAGGAAUCCUAUUUACUCCCUGAAAGGAAAGACCAUAACUUCAGACUUGAACAUAAAAAAAUCCCCCUGCCAAGUACCUAGCAAGCAUGCAAAAGUAGAAAUAAUGAAAUACCCUAAGCCUGACUUUACUAAUAUAAAGCCCAAAGUCAUCUCGCGACCUGGAUCAUCUUUAAAAACUAUAAAUUCCUUGCAACGGAAGACCUCCCCAAGAUUGCCAUCAUCACCCUCCAAGUCUUCUUCACCAAGGUCUUUGAAAAAAGAGGAAGGAACUGGCAAGAAUGAAAAAGACACGAAGCACAACACUGUGAGCCUCAAAAAACAAAAGCAAGACUCUGGCAUUCAGUAUUUUCCAGGAAGAAUGGCAUCUAUAACUUUGAACUCACAUGCUGGCAAAGUUCAGAAGCCAAUAGUUGAUCUGAAAAGGAAGAAAGGGGCUUUAGACAAAGGCAGCUGUUCAAAUUCAACAAGCUCUUUAUCUUCAGAAACUGCAGCAACUGGUACUCAGCAGAAAUUAAAUGGAGCCAGUCAGAAAGAUGAUAAAACAAAGAGCACUGUAAAAGCUGCCCCUUUGUCUUCUACUGACAGGCCAGAAUGUGAUGAAAUGCUAAACUUUGACAAUGGUGAGGGGAUCUGCACUGUAGUCAAUGGGACUGCUUCGGGAGUUGCCAUGAGGGAUGUUCCUAACAUAUUAGGUACGAUUUCAGCUAAAUUGCUGGCUUCUCCAGAUGUUAGUAAAGCCAGAUUUGGACAGAUGCCAUCCCUCAUCAAGCCGAAAAAUACUGCUGAUCUCCGUGCUCCAGCUGCAAACCUUAGACUGCCACCUCCUGUACCAAAACUGAAGCUAGAAACUUUAAACAAAAAUGGCCAUGCUGCUAGAAUCGUUUCACCGUCAAAGAUCAAACAGAUGUCAAGGCUUGGUUCUGAGAAAAUGCACAUUUCACCAAGAGAAAGGACUAAUCCUGAAACUGCAUCUUCAAACUCUGGGUCUAGUUCAGCUAGAUCUACUACAGGAUCUAAACUGCCUUUUAAAUCAACCAGACUUGAAAAAACCCCCAGCCUUUCCUCACUGCUCAGUUCACAAAGUGACCCAAGCUCAGGAACGUUUAGCACAAAAUCAGCAACGGCUACCAGUUCCAAAACAGGAGAAAAAUGUACUCAACCUGCCUUAAGGAACAUCUCUAACCCAGUAAGAAAAUAUUCUGCAGAAAAUGAAAUGAGAAACAAAGCUUCAGUAACUUCACAAAGCAGUUUGUCAGGUAACAAGCCACCUGCUGUGCAAAAUCAGUUAUUAUCAGGGUCUUCCUCUCGUACGUCCCUCAAGCAAAAAGGUCUCCCUUUGAAAAAACAUAUACCAGUGGAUAAAAACAAGUCAAAAGCAAGCCCCAGAAGCCAGCAGUCCAACACAAGCACACAGCCUGACUUGCUGCCAAAUGAGACAAAGACUCUUGGAUUAGCACAUUACAAAACUCAGUGUGAAAAGAAAAAUGAAUGCAUUCGGCAUUUAAAGAAAUUGAUAAUUAACAGCCAAAAUGGAUUUGAAGCCAUUACUGUGGUGGUGCAACAUCUUUUGUCAGAGCGGGAGGUGGUCCUUGCACGGAAUAAGGAGUUAUCACUGGAACUGCUAAAUUUACGAGGAGAAUUAGUAAAUACAGCAUCCUCAUAUGACAGAGUUGAAAAGGAGAAAGAUGAGCUCCGGUCCACUUAUGAGGUACUUUUGCAAAAAGUACAGGAUCAACAUCGGAGUGAGCUGGCACAUUUGGAAGACCGACUGAAACAGUUUUACUCAGCAGAGUGGGAAAAAGCGCAAGAAGCAUAUAAGAUAGAAGUUGAUAAAAUGAGAAUGGAAAUGGAAAAACAGGUUGAGGAAAUUAAUUCACAAGAACAAGCUUUAAGGAAACAACUUGAAAAUACUCAUUUAAACAAUACACAGCUUUUAAAAGAACAUUAUGAAACCUCUUUAGAAGAGCUUAAGAAUUCUCUUGACCAGGAGAAAAAUACUCUAAGUGAACUUUUUCAGGAAAAAGAGUCAUCAUUGCUUAAAAAAAUUGAAGACAUUACAUCUUUGAACAGCCGACUGAAUGAAAAGAUUAAAGCUGAAGAAGAAAGGCGUAAAGUACUAAGAGAGAAAUGUCAAAAGGAUUCCCACACACUAUAUCUGGAGCAGGAACUGGAAAGUCUGAAAGCUGUUUUGGAUAUGAAGAAUGAACAGUUGCACCAAAUGGAUAAAAGGCUAAUGCAACUGGAUAAACUGAUUGAGAGGAAUAACAAACUUGAUGAAAGUCUCAAAAAGAUUCAGCAAGAAAAUGAAGAUCUCACAGCAAGAAUGGAUAAACAUGCUGCGUUAUCUAGGCAACUUUCAACUGAGCAAGCUGUUUUACAGGAGUCACUUCAAAAGGAAUCCAAAGUCAAUAAGCGUUUGUCAAUGGAAAAUGAGGAACUUUUAUGGAAAUUGCAUAAUGGUGAUGUCAGCAGUCCUCGAAAGCUGUCGCCUUCUUCUCCUUCCACGUCUUUACAGUCGCCUAGGAAUUCCACAGUAUUUUCUAGCCCUGCUGUGUCACCUAGAUAACGAUUAAGCAGGCUUCAGCGAAGCUUUAUAGUAGUUCGGACCGAAAUGGUGUUUAUUAUGACAAAAAGCAGCUAUAUUAGCUGUGUAAGAUAAGCAGUUUAGGAAUUUCCUCCUUCUGCUUCUUGUACAAUAUUUGAAAUUAAAUUAAUAUACAAAGACAUUUUUGCACAAAUGCACUUGGAGGGCAAGAUGGCUCUUGUUCUCUUAGCCUGUUGUGGAGAAAAAGGAAAUCUCAGGGCCUGUACAUAAUUUAUCACAGUGUUUGUAUCAUGGAUACCUGUUAUUCACAGAAAGCAUUUUUCAAGCAAAGGUUAUGGUUGUGUUGUGUGAAUGAAAAUGGUGGUAGCACUUUGGCAAUGAGCUGUUGUAAGGUCUCUUCUGGCUUUCAUAUUGAAAAAAAGUACACAAGCUGUUUGCUGCCUUGAUUACAAAGACUUUACAUCUACAUUCAGUUGAGUGGAGAACUUGCUAGUAAUGAGCUUUUUUGAACUAUUUUCUUUUGGCGCUUUAGUAAUAGUCUUUUAAACUGCUCAUUACUUGUAGUCCUCUUGUCUUUGCUUUUGUAAACUGCAAUUCUGAUUACACAGUAAAGUAAAAUUGUGUAGUAAUCUUGGUAGCAUACAAAUAAAAUUGACAAGGAUAUUUUUGAUAAAGAUAUAGGACCAAAAAGAGUGGUGUUGAGUGUUUUUCUUGUUUUAAUAUUUAUUUUCAUUUGGCUAAUAUUUGACUUCCUCAAUAAUAAUAUGAAAAAGCCAAAAAAGUUCAACAUCUCAGGACAGUCUGCAGCCCUGGUAAUAUGAAUCAUUUGCCAGCAUGAGUGUAUUACUUUACACAGAUUUAUUCAUAGCUAUAAUAAACUUGCCUUAAAAUGCAUUUCCUAAGGCUAAGGUUUGGAAGGAUUUUGUGGUUGCAAAAGGCAAUUGUGUGGAUGUCAAAAUUGCGUAAUCAGUAUAUAUGUUUUGAAAUAUGCAAUUAUGUAUAAAGAAAGAUAUAUAUUAAAAGCAUUAAAAUAA